AUGACCGAGCAGAUAGAGUCGAUGGAACUGGCGGCUGUUGCUCACAUCAAGGCAACCAAGAACGACACGUUCGUACAUAUCACGGACAUGACUGGGUCUGAGACGAUUGCAAAGAUCACUGGAGGAAUGCGGGUCAAGGCACAGCGGGAUGAGGGGUCUCCGUAUGCAGCAAUGCUUGCGGCCCAGGAUGUUGCAACAAAGAUACUUGGGCGUGGGGUUAAAGUGCUCCACUUCAAGCUUCGGGGGGCAGGGGGGGUCAAGCCCAUGGCCCUUGGGCCAGGUGCACAGACGGCCAUCAGAACCUUGAUCCGUGCCGGGCUUAGGGUUGGCAGGAUUGAGGAUGUUACACCUGUUGCAAGGGAUCGCGUCAGAAAGCGUGGAGGACAUAGGGGAAGAAGAGUUUGA